AUGGCUGCGAGUACUGAGACCACCGACAGGGUCAAGAGAUUCUUCGGGAUCGAGCCUGACCAGACCGUAGACGACUCGGUCUUUGCUGGCGACGGUUCCUACGUCGAAGAAGAACCCACCGUGAAGGAAGCGCUGCUAUGGCUUAUCCCUACAGGGCCGGGUAUCGUUCGGUACCUUCAUGAGCUGUUCCCUUUUCUUGGGUGGAUCUUCCACUACAACCUAACAUGGCUCUUGGGUGAUUUUAUUGCUGGCCUCACCGUUGGCUUCGUUGUCGUGCCGCAGGGCAUGGCCUACGCCCAGCUUGCCAAGCUUAGUCCGGAAUUCGGCCUGUACACCUCCUUCGUUGGAUUCCUUUUCUAUUGGGCUUUUGCAACAUCCAAGGAUAUCACUAUUGGUGCUGUCGCUGUCAUGUCCACCAUUGUUGGGAACAUCAUCAGCAAUGUCCGAUCUACCCAUCCGGACCUUGCUCCCGAGACCAUUGCGCGCAGUCUGGCCCUCAUCUCCGGCAUUGUGCUCGUUUUCCUCGGCCUGAUCCGCGCUGGAUUCAUUGUGGAGUUUAUCCCUCUGGUAGCGAUCGGUUCGUUCAUGACCGGCUCGGCCCUCAGCAUUGCCUCCGGGCAGGUCCCCGGCCUCCUAGGUCUCUCCGGGGUCGUCACGCGCGAUUCAACCUACCUGGUCAUUAUCAACACGCUCAAGGCCCUUCCGACCGCGAAGCUCGAUGCCGCUAUGGGUCUGACAGCCUUGUUUGCGCUGUACUUCAUUCGCUGGUUCUGCAAUUUCAUGGCCAGGAAGAACCCGAGACGCCAAAAGAUGUGGUUCUUCAUCUCCACGCUUCGCAUGGCCUUCAUCGUUAUCAUCUACAUUCUGGUCAGCUGGCUUGUCAAUCGCCACGUUUCGGACUACAAGAUGGCCAAGUUCAAGAUUCUGGGUCCUGUCCCGAGUGGUUUCCAACACGUUGGUGCUCCACAGCUGGACAUUGAGGUGCUGCAGGUCCUCGGCCCGGAUAUCCCCACUACGAUCCUGGUCCUAUUGAUCGAGCACAUCGCCAUCUCCAAGUCUUUUGGUCGCGUCAACAACUAUAUCAUCAACCCCUCGCAAGAGCUGGUUGCCAUUGGCUUCAGCAACAUCUUUGGGCCGUUCCUUGGCGGGUACCCGGCUACCGGCUCCUUUUCGCGAACGGCCAUUAAGUCCAAGGCCGGUGUGCGGACACCCCUCGCCGGUAUCUUCACUGCGAUUGUUGUUCUCCUGGCUCUGUACGCCUUGACCUCGGUCUUCUUUUACAUCCCCUCCGCGUCCCUUUGCGCCAUCAUCAUCCACGCCGUCGGUGAUCUCAUCUCCCCGCCUCGCGAGGUGUACCAGUACUGGAGAACCUCACCCCUUGAGUUUGUCAUCUUCUUCGCCGGUGUUUUCGUAUCCGUGUUCACUAGCAUCGAGAACGGCAUCUACGUAACCAUCGGUCUGUCGGGCGGUCUGCUCCUCUUCCGCGUCGCCAAGAGCCCCGGCCGCUUCCUCGGCCGCGUCAGCAUCACCUCGGCCACCCGCGACAACCUUCGAGGCCACUCUUACGUGCCCCUGGACACUCUCGGUGGCAAGUCUCACGACGCCUUCCUCGAUAUCCGCCGCAACGACCUGUCCAACCCCGAGAUUUCCCUCUUGUCUCCUUACCCAGGUGUUUUCAUCUACCGCUUUGGUGAAGGCCUCAACUACAUCAAUUCGGCUCGUCACAUCGACACCCUCACGAUCUUCAUUUUCAAGCACACGCGCCGCACCCAACUGAACAAGUUCAACAAGAUCGGUGACCGCCCCUGGAACGACCCCGGCCCGCGCCGCGGCCAAACCUACGACUCCGAAGAAAUCGCCUCGCGCCCGACCCUCCGCGCCGUGAUCCUCGACUUCACCGCCGUCAAUGCCCUCGACGUGACCGCCGCCCAGGCCCUGAUCGACCUGCGCAACCAAUUCAACCGUUACACCGACCCGGACAUCGUCGAAUGGCACUUCGCCGGCGUCAGCAACCGCUGGACGCGUCGCGCGCUCGUCGCCUCGGGUUUCGGCGCUGACCGCAAAGAAGUCAUCAUCUCCAGCCCCAGCAACACCGACGCGGAGAAGGGCGGGCUCUCGAGCGCCGCCGAGUCGGAGCCGCUUUUGGGCGCUGCCGAGGCGUCGGUCCCGACUGCUGCCAGCAGCACCAGUGAUUCGAAGGGCAACACGGUGCAGACCAAGACGAAGGAUGUGGACAUCGAAACGGUUGGGGGAGAGUUCUCACCGGUGCGGUCUACCGCGACGGGCGGGAAGAGGCUGGUGCCGGUGUACGGUGUCAACCGGCCUUAUUUCCAUGUCGAUGUCGAGACGGCGGUCACGAGCGUGGUGCGGCAUUUGGAAGGGCGGGGGGCCGACUCCAGCGGGAGGGAAUAA